UUUUCCCAUUUUUCUUUCUUCGCAGAAUCUCUCUCUCUCUCUGUUUCUGAACCUUUACUCGGUUAUUAGUAGUUAGUGCUACUCUCUGCAAGGCUCAAAACCAGCUCGCCUUCAGUACGUCGCACAGACCGCACUAAGCCCGCGGCCGCAUCUGUCUUCCGUUUUUCUUCCUCCAUCAAACUCAAGGUCAAUCUGGAUUACCAGACAAUGUCGAAUAGCCACUCACAUAUCAUUACUUGCAAAGCGGCGGUGUGUUGGGGAGUCGGGGAACCGGUGAAGGUGGAAGAGAUACAAGUGGAGCCUCCAAAAACAUCCGAAGUUCGUGUGAAAGUGCUGUAUGCCAGUAUGUGCCACACUGACAUCUUAUUCGGCAAAGGGAUUCCGAUUCCUAUUUUCCCUCGAAUUUUAGGACAUGAAGGUGUUGGCGUGGUAGAGAGUGUUGGCGAGGAAGUAGCAGAUCUCAAAGAAGGAGAUCUUGUCAUUCCAACCUACAUCGGAGAGUGCAAAGACUGUGAGAACUGUCUGUCAGGGAAGACCAACUUAUGCCUCAAAUUCCCACUACCCAUAAGUGGACUGAUGCGCGAUGACACUUCGAGAAUGUCUGUAAGAGGCCAGAAACUGUACCACGCAUUUACCUGCUCGACAUGGUCGGAGUACACGGUUGUUGAUGCUAAUUAUGUUGUCAACAUUGACUCAACCAUACCUCUACCACAUGCUAGCUUCUUAUCAUGUGGAUUCUCCACUGGAUUUGGGGCUGCAUGGAAGGGAGCUGGGGUUGAAAAAGGAUCUAGUGUUGCUGUUCUCGGUCUUGGCGCUGUUGGAUUAGGGGCCAUAGAGGGGGCAAGAACACAGGGGGCAACAAAGAUAAUUGGAAUUGACAAAAAUGGGAGAAAGAAAAGAAAGGGAGAAGCUUUUGGAAUGACCGACUUUAUAAACCCUGAUGAAUAUGAUCAUCAUAAAUCUGUCUCGGAGUUGGUGAAAGAAUUAACAGGCGGAAUGGGUGUGGACUAUUGCUUUGAGUGCACAGGGGUGGCACCCUUGGCUAAUGAAGCCCUCCUUGCCACAAAAAUGGGAAAAGGACAAGCAAUGGUAAUUGUUGCAGGAACUCAUGCAAAUGUGGAGAUCAGUUGCCUUGCCCUCAUGCUAGGUGGGGCUUUGAAGGGUUCCAUUUUUGGAGGUCUCAAAGCCAAAACUGACCUACCUGUUAUAGUCGACAAAUGCAAAAACAAGGAAAUCCAACUCGAUGAACUUUUGAGUCACGAAGUUCCACUGCAAGAUAUAGAUAAAGCAUUUGUGCUAUUGAAAAAUCCUGAUUGUGUGAAGAUCCUUUUCAAGCUUUGAUUGAUCCCAUCGACAACAAGAUCAUCAUAGUUGGGAUUCAUUCAAUGAAUAAUAAAAGUGCUGUA